AUGGCAGAAGCGCGGAGAGUAGAAGAGGAGAAGCGCGAGAAGAAGAUGGCUGCUGAGCGCGAGAAGGAUCUGAAGGGUGGGAAGCAGGUGGUCGAUCAAAAGUACAAGGCGUUGCAGUACCUGCUCAAUCAGAGCAAGCUGUACUCCACCAUCAUGCUGGAGCAGAUGACGCAGCAGGAGGAGGCGGAGACGGCCAAGGAUGAACGGGGGAGGAAGAGGGCGGAGAAGCGGGAGAAGCAGGCUGAGCAGGCUGCUCAGACGGAACAGAAGAAGGCUACCAGGGCGGCGGCGAGUGCGCAGCAGAGUGCUGAGCUCGAGGCGUCUCCCAAAAAGAGUGCGUCUGGCCGUGGUCGUACUACAACCAAGACCGGCAAGAUUUCCGACUACAUGACCAAAGAAGACCUGCAGUCCAAGGCCGGCAAGACAACCAUCUCCGAGGCUCUGGCGGAAGAAACCAAAGACUCCGAUGUGAAGCCCGGCGAUGUCGGUAUGCAAGAUCUCCGCUCCGCAAAGCAACCCGACCUCGUAACCGGAGGUUACAUGCGCACGUAUCAAUUGGAGGGACUCGAUUGGUUGACUUCGCUGUACGAGAACGGCUUGAAUGGCAUUCUGGCAGACGAGAUGGGGUUGGGCAAGACGAUCCAGACCAUCUCAUUUAUUGCCUUUUUGCGGGAGAAGGGCGUGAACGGCCCAUUCUUGAUCGCGGCACCUUUGAGUACCACCAGCAACUGGGUUGCCGAAUUCAAGCAAUGGACACCCAAGAUCCCCGUUUUGCUAUACCACGGCAGCAAGCAAGAGCGGGAGGAGCUCCGGCGAAAGCGACUGAGAAAUCCCGGGAGCCCUGAGUUCCCCGUCAUCUGCACCAGCUACGAGAUCUGCAUGAACGAUCGCAAACAUCUCGCGCAUUUCGGGUGGAAGUUUAUCAUUAUCGACGAAGGCCAUCGCAUCAAGAACCUCAACUGCCGACUCAUUCGGGAGUUGCAAUCAUAUCAGUCUGCGAACCGUCUGCUUAUUACGGGCACACCGCUGCAAAACAAUCUGGCUGAGCUGUGGUCGCUUCUCAACUUUCUCAUGCCUACGAUCUUCGACAAACUGGAGUCUUUUGAGUCGUGGUUUGACUUCUCUGCGCUCAAAGAGAAGGAUGGCUACGCGCAGAUUUUGUCAGAAGACCGGAAGAAAGAUCUCGUUAGCAGUUUGCACGCCAUCUUAAAGCCGUUCUUGCUGCGAAGAGUGAAAGCGGACGUGGAGACCUCGCUGCCGAAGAAGAGAGAAUAUGUUCUAUACGCUCCUCUAACGCAAACGCAGCGCGAGCUCUACGAGGAGAUCCUGGCCGGCAACAGCAGAGCAUAUCUGGAAAACAAGAUGGUGGAAAGCCUCAGCGGAACUGCAACCCCCAACAGCCGCAAGCUCGCCGACGAUACUGGCACGCCGAACAAGAGCGCGAAAUCAAGUCGCGCAUCUACUCCUGCAACAUCGAAAGGCAGCGCACGAGGCUCUCGCCGCUCCAAAAAGCAGCAAGAGUACGAAGAAAUCUCCGAUGCCAAAUUCUUCAAAAAGCUCCAAGAUGCCCCCUCAUCCCCCAUAUCCGAAGAGAUGCAAUCCGAAGACGAAGAAGAAGUCGAGCGCGCGAAAACACUCGCCCUCGCGAAGCGCGAAAUCGGGCAAAAGAAGCUCCAGAACCCCAUCAUGCAGCUGCGGCAAUGCUGCAACUCGCCGCACAACUUCUACUACCCCUUCGACCUCGACGACCACACGCCUGUCGACGAAAGCCUCGUCACCGAGAGCGGCAAAAUGCUGCUGCUCGACCGCUUGCUGCCGGACUUGCUCGGCAAAGGCCAUAAAGUCCUCAUCUUCUCGCAGUUCAAAACGCAGCUUGAUUUGUUGGAGACGUACUGCACUGAGCUGCGCUCCUGGCCGGUGUGUCGAAUAGACGGCUCUGUCGCGCAAUCCGACCGACAGGAUCAAAUCCUCGCCUUCAACGAGUCGGAUUCAGAUGCGAAUAUCUUCCUCCUCUCCACCCGUGCAGGCGGGCAGGGCAUCAAUCUCGCUGCGGCAGAUACGGUCAUCCUCUUCGAUUCCGACUGGAAUCCACAGCAAGACUUACAGGCGCAAGACCGCGCGCAUCGCAUCGGUCAAACUCGGCCGGUGAUUGUGUAUCGCUUUGCUACGAAAGGGAGUGUAGAGCAGAUGCUGCUCGAGAAAGCGGAUAGCAAGCGGCGAUUGGAGAAGUUGGUUAUUCAGAAGGGGCGGUUCCGGAAUGUGAAGGGCGAUGCGGGGGCUGGUGGAGAUCAAUUUGCGGAGCUGCAGGCGCUGUUGGCCAAGGAUGACGGAGAGCGGAUUGAUAUCGCGGAUGGGAAGGGUCUACUGAGCGAUGCGGAUUUGGCGAUUCUGACGGAUCGCAGCCCGGAGGCUUUUGAGCGGGCGGAGAAGGGGCUGGAGAAGGCUGGGCAGGUGUUCAAAGCGGUGGUGACGAAGACGGAUGGCGAUGGGCUGUUGGAGAGUUUGCAGAAGUAG